AGAAGAUCGUACGUCACUGAUUCUGACCAAAACAAACCCCGGUAUCUCUGCUCUUCAACAUGGCCGUGUCUCGGUUACCAGCCGCUGCACUGAGUCUCAAACAGUUCUUGCAGAGACAGAAGGUUCUGGGUGUGUACAGAGAUCUGCUCCGAAACAUCCGCAAAAUCCCACUGGAGUCCGAUCGCAGAUACCUGAGAGACUGGGCUAGAGAAGAGUUCAAGAGGAACAAGAGCGAGACAGACCAGGAUGUGGUUCGCAUGAUGAUCACUCAAGCUCAGAAUCAUCUGGAGGACUUGAGGAAAUCCCUCGGGCUGGCUGGAUGCUAGAAGAUCCGC